AUGUCAGACAUGGAAGAGGUCUUGGACAGGCAAGAGCGAGAAAUAAGAGAAAGAAGGCUUAGACGAGCUGCAAGCAAAAGAGCGCAGAGAGAUCUAGAUCAGCAACUUGUCAUGGCUGUGGCCAUGCUUGAUGAAGAAAACCAGAGCAGUCGUGGUGAAUGA